AUGUAUGAUGAUGCCAUUCCAUUCUUCUAGAAGGUUGUUUAACUUGAUCCUAAAAAUAGAUGGGCAUUUAGAAAUAUGGGUAAUUCAUUUCUGAAAAAAAAAAUGUAUGAUGAUGCUAUUACAUUCUUCUCGAAUACUGUUUAACUUGAUCGGACAACUAGACAUUUGAACAGCUGGGAUUAUCUAUUCUGA